UUUUUUUAUUCGGGCUUAAUAUGUUUGUUGGCAACGAGGUCGUAGGAGUAAUGCUCGUUGCGUUUAAGGUAGUAGUACAUCGUCAUAGACAAGGAAAGCUGAAUGGAGUGAUUUAGGGAAUCCACGGAUAGACGAAAUAGGAAUGGCUGGUUCGUGAUUCGAACCAAGUCCUCUUGGAAUGCGAGUCCAAUGGUGUUAUCGCUAUGUCACCAUGCCUCCUAAUAUAUCGUGUCGAUGGUAAUUGCAGAAAGGAUAAUUUUGGAAGUUGACUCCAAGCAAGGAUAUAAAUUUAUCAUCUGCGUGAGUAAUAAAAAAAAAUAAGUGAUGGAAAACACGGUGGACGAAAUAAGCCACGCCUUGUCCGAAGCGAGCUUGGAAGACGGCAAACGGGAAACGGGCCAGGACGCCGGCGGGGAAGAGGCGCGCCUGUGGGAGGCGCUGAAGGCGCUGCACUGCCCGUUCACGUGGGACGACGUGCUGGAGAUCCAGCGCGAGGACAAGGGCACGGACAAGUGCAAGGCACGGCUGUCGCAGAUCGAGGAGAAGCUGGAGGAGAUAGCCGAGCCGGACUCGUUCCAGUACCGCAAGCUGGUCCUGAACGUGGUGCUGGUGUACGAGCGCUUCGCGGACGGCGACCCGGGGGGCGCCCUGGCGGUGCAGCGCGAGACGGAGGCCCUGCUGUCGUCGUGGUCGCCCCGGGCCGGCGACGCGCUGGGCCGGCUGGUGGAGGGGUCCGGCGACGCGCUGCGCCACGUGGUCCUCGCCUGCCGCGCGCACCUGCAGUUCCGCUCGCGCGUCCUCCGCGAGGCGGGGCGCACGCUCGCCGGGAUCGUGCCCUUCGAGCGGCUGGAUGAUCCGUGCCGGGCGGCCGUCUCGGGCCUGCGCGCCGCCGUGCUGAUGGAGUUCGGCUACAGGGGCAACGUGGCGGCCUUGAAGCACGCGGAGGCCGCCGUCGCCAUGGACCCCGACCAGGGGGAGUGGCACUUCGUGCUCGGGAAGUGUCUGGGGCGGCUACGCCGCAUCGACCACUCGUUCCAGAUCCCGGACAAGCUGGAGCUCAAGUCGCUGGAGGAGGCCGUCAGGUUGACCAAGCACCCGCCGUACAUCGUGUUCCUCGCGCAGGCCUACAGGGAGACAGCGUUCAAGGUCUUCUCCGAGACUCGCCACUCCGUCACGAAAUCAACUGUUAAAUCGGCCAUCGAUAAGAUGAACGAGAAAUCUUUGACACUCUACAAGGAGGCGCUGCAGCUCCGGGGCGAGUGCUCUCACAUCAACGUGCGCUGCGCGCUGGGCCUCAUGAAACUCCCGCACCCCUUCAAGGACGUGGCGCGCGCCAAGCGGUGCCUCGACGUGGCCCUGGAGCUCGCCCCCAACAACGCGAUGGUGAACCACGUGACCGCGCAGUACUACCAGAACAACGAGCGGGACCUGGCCGCAGCCAAGAAGUACUACGAGCGGGCGAGCGAGCUGGGGGCGUUCGGCUCGUACAUGGACCUGCUUCGCCUGCGCUACCAGGAGAGGAGGUCCGAGUACGACCCGCUGCCCGACCUGGAGGCGGGGCUGGACCGCUACAAGGAGGGCCCGUACCGCCAGGAGCUGGUCAUGCAGACGGGCUCGUACCACCUGUUCGUCAGGGACGACGUGGAGGCUGCGUACGGGCACUGGGAGAAGGUCAUCGACGAGGAUCCCGACUCGGAGAAGCUGAGGGCGCACAAGUGUGUCUUCCUGCCCAUGCUGAAGCCCGUCAACGUGUACGAGGUGCUCUGCGACGAGUCCCGCCUCGUGCUGCAGCUGCAGCCGCACCGGGCCAAGGGCAAGGAGCCGCUGUACCGCCAGAUCAUCCUGAAGUGCCGCAAGCACCACCCCUCGUGCGCGACCGACUCGCCGGUGGCCCGGCGCAAGAUGGUGCUGGCGGAGGUGGAGGAGGUGGAGCGGGCCCGCUGCCGGCCCAAGACCCGGGGGCGCGGCAGGGGGCGCGGGGGCGAGCGAGGACGGGGCUACAGGGGGCGCGGCAGAGGGUCCAGCGGAGACAACUACAAUAACAGGUAUCAGAGCGGUGAGAGACGAGAUACCAGCGGAGACUUCUACAAUAACAGACAUCAGAGCGGUGAGAGACGAGGUUCCACCGGAUAUGACUACAGUAACAGACAUCAGAGCAGUGAGAGACGAGGUUCCAGCAGAGACAACUACAGUAACAGACAUCAGAGCGGUGAGAUACAAGGUUCCAGCAGAGACAACUACAGUAACAGACAUCAUAGCAGUGAGAGAAGAGGUUCCAGCAGAGAUGACUACAGUAACAGACAUCAGAGCAUCGAGAGACGAGGGUCCAGCGGAGACAACUACAAUAACAGACAUCAGAGCAGUGAGAGAAGAGGUUCCAGCAGAGAUGACUACAGUAACAGACAUCAGAGCAUCGAGAGACGAGGGUCCAGCGGAGACAACUACAAUAACAGACAUCAGAGCGGUGAGAGACGAGGUCCCAGCGGAGACGACUACAGUAACAGACAUCAGAGCGGUGAGAGACGAGGUUUCGGCAGGAAACGUGGUGGUAAUCGUCCUUAUGGGACCGCGUCUCAUCGCGGCAGAGACACCAGUACAGAUGGCUACAACAGGCACCACAGCCAUGAAAGACGUGGUUUUGGCGGGAGCCGAGGCGGUGGUGAGUCCCGCAGGACCGGGCCCCACCCCGGCAGGGACUCCAGCCGAGAAGACGGCCACGGAGGCGCGAGCUGUGAAAGGCGAGGGUCGUACCCUGGCAGGUACGGCGAGGACGGACUUCCCAGCGUCCAGAGCCGCCGCCGUUGGUACGAGCACGGCCGCGACUCGAGCGCGGAUAGCCGUGGCAGCGCGAACAGCUGCCCGGAUGAGGCGAGGGCCGACUGGAAGAAGGGCUGCCAAGCGUCUUCAUUGCCGGUUGUCGACAAGGACUUCGUAGACGCCAGGAACUCUCACUUCAAGGAACAGCACAAACAGCUGAAGAAGAGCCAGGAGGGCUAUAAAAUGUGGUGGGAUGAAUAAUUUAGAGACAAAGACUGAGAGAGAGAUUUAUAUACAUAUAUACAUACAUAUGUGUGUGUGUGUAUAUAUACCUAAUUGCAGGGGGUUAAUACUUUUUUUUUCCCUGUUUUAUAUUGUCCUUACGUAUAUGACUUUUAAUGUUAGAGAAUAAGGCCUAAGAAACUUUAAAUGAUGUGUGUUUUCAUUUUUAAAACUACAGUAGAAUCCCACUGAUGCGACCCCUCACGGUUUCCGGAAAAACGGACUUAUAAACGGAAUGGUCGCAAUAGAGAAUUCGGGGUGUCACCGCGUCGUCGGAUACAUCGUGUGAAUGCUGCUCGGGCAGUGUCUAGCCGAGCUCGGCGCGUCCACUAUCGCACGAAAAGCCGUCUCAGCUGUCAUGUUAUUUCACCCGCCCGCAAGAAAAGCCACUGUAGUAGCUUACCUUCUGCGUGAGAAACUGUCAGCAUCCUCUUCCCCUCCCACACCGCGUGCGGCAAAAGCCAGGUUGUAUUGUCCAUUCUCGGUAAAAUAAAUAUUUUUAUGGGCUUAUACGACUGUCCUUCGCCGUUAAUAAAUGCUUUAUAAGUUUUUAUGAUACAAUUUGUUUACUAGUCACACAGCAGUUUCUGCUGAAAAAUCACUAAUACCUCAAAUUUUAUUGAAUAGAAAAAUUUAGCAGGGCCAUAAAUAUAUUUAUUUUACUGCAUAGUUACUUUUCCGUCUGCAUUCCAACAUGUCUUUUUUCUUCCUUUUUUUUACGCUGUGAAGGGCCGUGGAAAAGAUAAUUGCUUGAGCUGUCAAAAUAAACAUCGCUGACGGCAAGGGCAGGAGCGCAUCCUGUCGGUCUGUCGCUGUGAUUAUCUACUCCAAAAACAUGUCACAGCAUUUCAGGAUAGAAUUGUUCUUAUAUCUUUCGUUUAUAGCCGAAUGUUUUCUACCUGAUCCACACAAGUUCCUUCGCCACGUUUUGAACAAAAAUAACCACCAGCCGGCUAGCAUAGCCGAACUCGCGUGACAUGAGUUCACUUAGCGCGAGUAUUUAUCGGAACCCAUUGUUCGGGGUAUGCAAGUCCGAGGUUUAUAGCAUAAUUCCACGCAAUUUUUUUUGUUUAUCUGCGCAUGUGCGAAGUCAGCGAUGUUAUAGAAAAAUAGCAGAGAACGAAACACCUGGCGACGUCGUUAACACAGUGAACACAGCUUUGUGUGGCCAGUGACACCUGAGAUGCAGCUGGCAAGAUCACAUCCCAUUAACCAGUUGCAAGACAAAGGCACGGGACGGCAAUAGACGCGCGCGUAGAUGCUAUCAGGUGAUGCGCGCAGUUUACAGUCUAGAGGGGUGGUAUAUCUAUUUUUAGCCGUCUUUUGUAUGCCUGCCUGCUUACAGUACAGCGCUCGCCAAGGUAAACGUGAACACAUAGCGCCCAACAAAGUGUAACAGACUUGUUUUUCAGCCGAUUUUACUCAAAUUUUCGACUUUCUCUGCUCAAAUUUUUCACGGUUUCUCAAAAAACGGUUGUAUAAACGGAAUGGACGCAUCAUAGGGGGGGUCGCAUCAGCGGGAUUCUACUGUACAUUUAUGUGAUAUUACAAGAAAAGAUCUUUAAUACGGCGUGCUUGUGAACACAGUGUUGCCGGAUUAGCAAUGUUGCUAGAUUAUUGAUUAUCAAUAUACAGUAGAACCUCUUUUUGUACACUAUUCAAGGGGGUGUCUGGAAAUGUAAAAUAAGGGAAAUGUAUGAAAAAUUAUAUUUUUAUCAGAGAAAAGUGACAUAUUACCUUAACAUAGGCCUACCGUGAAACAUAACUAAAUAGAAUUAUUAACAUUAAAGUCCUAUAUGAACAUUCUGUAUGGAGUAUAGGUAAGCAUACACACAGUAUAUGUGCGUAUGUACUUUCAUACUUUAAUUAGCAAUUCAUAGAAACAUCAGACAUUUACAGGUUAAGAAUAUUAUCACAACACUGGGCUGCAUUUCCUUCAGUGAUUUCCUGAUUUUUCACAAUAGUGUGUUCAAAGUUGAAACAGACAUGCCUAACCUCUCAGCGAGUAAGUACCUUUGUGCUGGUCCACGCACUUACAGAGAUUUAUUUUCUUUUUUUUUUACAAUCUGCCAUCUCAAUAUUUAUGUACAGAUAAAAAUUCAGUUAAUUACUCAAAGCAAAAGACAAAAUUUUAUGCUUAUUGACAUUAAAAUUCAUUAACGGCUGCGUUAAAUUUUAACUGACGAUAAAGCGGAAUGCCAUAAAUAUAAACUAUGUAAUUCGGUAUGUGUAGGUUACUGAUGGACAGUCAGAAUUUCUAUCAACUGUAGUGCUAGCAUCAUGUGGUUAACAUUUUCUCGAAGUAUGCAAUUAUUAGACCAGUGUUGGCUGAAUGUAAACACAAUUUUUAAAAUGAAGAUCACACCAAAGUGCUAUAUUCUUAUGUCUGAUGUACGUGACAAACGCUGGAAUAUUUAUUAGGAAUAGCAUUAAAAAAAACCUGCGUAAAUUGCGGGAAGCAGAUUGUAGGUGCGUUGUAAUUAACAGUAAUUUAUUGCUUUGCAUCAAAUGAGAUUAAAACACGAUCAAAAUUAAAUUAUGAAAAUAACGUGAAAACAUAAGAGACGUACUGUAAAACCGGGGUUCUGUAGUAGGUAAAUGAUUUUAAAUAAUUGGGGAAAUUUGACAAUUUUGGUCAAGGAAAGUUGGUGAAAUUUUAUUACAGAAUUGUGUGGACAUGCUGUGAAAUCACUUAAGGAAAAUGCUUUGAUGGUUCCUUAUCUUGGGCCAAGGCAAAUUCCUUCCUGACUUCCCUAACUUACGUGACAUAGUGUGUGUGUAUCUUUACUGUCCUGAUUUAAUACAAGUCUUUGGACACAA